GUUUACUCUGCCCAAACACACACACUCACACAGCCAGUGACUGGUACGAAAGCCAGGCUCCCUGCAACGCCAAUAGAAGCAACCGCUGACAUCGAAUCCGCAACCGCAACCGGAACCAAAACCGCCACCGCAACAUCCACAGUCCAAGCUACAACACGACGACGGCUGUUCAAGCCAAACAUUGGCUACGAGGACGAAAAGGAGACGGAUGCGAUUGUGAGUAGAGCCCGUGAACUGGAUAUGCUGGAAGAACUGGAGAACGACUAUCUACCGGGCACGCCCGUCUACAAGCGCCUGCAAGAGGUGAAGAAGGACAUGGGGAUUGGGAAGAACACCCAAGUAACGCCCAAGGCCAGCCCCAUUCUGAAGCUGUUGGCACCACAAACCGCACCCCCCAAAGCGAUCUCCAGGAAAUUAAAAGAGCUACCAAAGAGGAUCGAGGGCAAAUGCAGUUUCCUAAAAUCGCUGGGGGGAGAGGUCAGCCGCGAGUGCAGCGACAAGGAGGCCCUCUUCUAUCGGGAGAACUCUGCCAAGAACAAGGAACAGCUGGCCGAGCGACUCUAUAAGAUGUUCAAUGCGGACGUGUUCAACAAUGAGCUGGACGUGACAAUCACAUGGUCGAAGCGGCUGCGCAACACGGCUGGACGAUGCCUGAAUAAGAGAAAGUUCUGUAAACUCGCGAAACGCAUCAGCACGAUCGAGCUCAGCGAAGAGGUGCUGACCACAGCUGACAGACUCCGAUGUACGCUCAUCCACGAGCUGUGCCAUGCCGCCACCUGGGUGCUCAACAACGAGGGUGGACACGGCCGUGUGUGGAAGAACUGGGCCCUUUGCGCCAACAAAAAGUAUCCAGAGCUGCCCGCCAUCACUGUCUGCCACAGCUACAGCAUUGAUUAUAAGUACACGCACAAAUGUGAGAGCUGCAAUCUUGACUAUCACUCCAGAUCUCGCAAGGUGGAGAAUCUCCGCUGUCGCAUAUGUCGCGGCCCCGUCGUUCUGCUGCUGAACAAAAAGGACAAGUUUGGCAAUACCGAGUCGAAGCCGGCGGGCGAGGCCAAGGGCUUUGCUAAGUUUGUAAAGGAUAAGUUUAAGAAGUACAAGCAGGCCAAUGUACCACAUAAGGCGGUCAUGAGCCUUUUGAGUGCGGCAUAUGCCAAGCAGAAGGGCGGUGAGCAUAAAAAGGAUAACGAGAAUGUGGCGUCAAUCGCCACACUGACAUUAGAUGAUUAGAUGAUUAGUUCCUUAACCUAAUCUAGCAGGAGACUAGAGGAGGAGUUGAGGAGGCUCUCGUUGUUCAUCAGCCAUCGGUCCGUGGUUGACUUCCGGCUAAGCAGGAGGAGCGGCACGCUGAGCUUUCUUGGGCGUAAGCACCAUAAUCAAAAUAAGGAUCGAGAACAGAACAAUUGCUCCCAGCCCCAGAGCGGUACGGUGCUCCUGUGCCAUAGCCACGACCAUUUCAGCGUAGGUCCACAGCGAAGGUACUUUAGGUACUUUAUUUUGUUUUUUUGGGGCAAGUCAAACCCUGAGCCAGAACCGGAUGUUUCUACUUCGACUUGUCUUGUUUGAAUGUAUAUAUAUAUAUCAUAUUAAAACAAUUGUAAAAGGAAACCAAUUUUUCAUAUGCAACCAACGCUUACACCAUCUCUGUUUAUACCGAAAAAUGAUUCCAUUAUCAAAAUAUAUCUAUACUUGUGUCUAUAUGCA